AUGUUGAGUAACACCACAGCCAUUGCUGAGGCCUGGGCUCACCUGAACCACAAGUUUGACCUGAUGUAUGUCAAGCAUGUCUUUGUUCACUGGUACGUGGGUGAGGGGAUGGAAGAAGGAGAGUUUUCUCUGGCCCAUGAGGACAUGGCUGCCCUUGAGAAGGAUUAUGAGGAGAGUCGGAGGAAUCGGGAUCCACAGGGGUUCAGCUGCUACCUUCUUUUCUAGGGGAUGAACAGUCAAUACGUCCGCCGGGAGGUCUUCUGCCGGGACACCUGUAACGAGCUCAAACGCUUCUGGGAAAAGGAAAUUGGCAAACAGACUUGCUACCGAGAAUCAGAGGAACACCGCCUGGGAAGAAGUGCACUGAGAAAACUCAGGGAAGAAUGGAGGCAGAGGCUGGAAUCAAAGCUGAGGCUACGGAAUAACCCAGAUGAGACUGAAAAGCGGGCAAAUGUUGGCAGAGAGCUUCCUGCUGCACUGACACAAGAGGAUGUAAAGCACUGA